AUGCAGUUCCUGCUACUCGUGCAAAUAAUCUUGAACCAACUCAACAUAAACUUGGGCUUUGGAAAGCAUGCGCUUGAUAUCAACUUUGCCAACUUUGAACGCAUCACUUAUUAUGGUGCAUCCGGGCUCACAGUCUCCAUUUUUGCUAUCAUUCUGAGCAAGAUUUCCUUUGGGCUCACUCUACUUCGAUUGACAGAAGGGUGGCUCAAGGCAUGGGUCUGGUUCGCUAUUGCCACUCUAUUCAUAUUUGCGGUACCGGUUGCCAUCAUCCCAUGGGUACUUUGCAAGCCUAUCACGAAAACGUUCGUGGAUAUACUCCCCGGCGAAUGUGUUGAUAAGCAUCCCUCUGUAAUAUAUGGAAGAUUCCAAGCUGGUUCGUAUGCAAAGCUACCCAUAUCACUCCACCCCGAGCACCCAGCUGAUAUGGAGUGA